GGGGCGGUGUCCCGGCGGGGUUCACUGCGCCUGCGCCCGGAGUUGCAAGAUGGCGGACAGUGCGGAACUAAAGCAAAUGGUUAUGAGCCUUAGAGUUUCUGAGCUGCAAGUACUUCUGGGCUACGCAGGGAGGAACAAGCACGGACGGAAACACGAACUUCUCACGAAAGCACUGCAUUUGUUAAAGGCUGGCUGCAGUCCUGCCGUACAAAUGAAAAUCAAAGAACUCUAUAGGCGAAGGUUCCCCCAGAAAAUCAUGACGCCCGCAGACUUAUCUCUCUCCAGUGUACACUCAAGCUCCAUGCCAGCAACUUUGUCUCCAUCUACCAUUCCACAGCUCAGUUACGAUGGCCAUCCCGCCACGUCACCGUUGCUCCCCGUUUCGCUUCUGGGACCUAAACAUGAACUGGAACUCCCCCACCUCACAUCUGCGCUCCACCCUGUCCAUCCCGACAUCAAACUUCAGAAGUUACCUUUUUAUGACUUGUUGGAUGAGCUGAUAAAACCUACCAGCCUAGCAUCAGAUAACAGUCAGCGAUUUCGAGAAACCUGCUUUGCAUUUGCACUGACGCCACAGCAAGUGCAGCAAAUCAGCAGCUCAAUGGAUAUUUCUGGGACCAAAUGCGACUUCACAGUACAGGUCCAGCUAAGGUUUUGUUUGUCAGAAACCAGUUGUCCACAAGAAGAUCACUUCCCACCCAAUCUGUGUGUGAAAGUAAAUGGGAAACCAUGCAGCCUUCCAGGCUAUCUUCCACCAACCAAAAAUGGUGUUGAACCAAAGCGACCUAGCAGACCAAUCAACAUUACCUCACUCGUCAGAUUGUCUACGACGGUACCAAACACAAUCGUUGUUUCGUGGACUGCAGAAAUUGGAAGAAACUAUUCCAUGGCAGUCUAUCUGGUAAAGCAGCUGUCCUCUACGGUGCUACUGCAGAGGUUACGAGCGAAAGGAAUACGGAACCCCGAUCACUCGAGAGCAUUAAUCAAAGAGAAACUGACUGCAGAUCCCGACAGUGAAAUAGCAACAACAAGCUUAAGAGUUUCUCUUCUUUGUCCGCUUGGUAAAAUGCGGCUAACUAUACCAUGCAGAGCUCUGACUUGUUCGCACCUGCAGUGUUUUGAUGCCACUUUAUACAUCCAGAUGAAUGAAAAGAAACCAACUUGGGUUUGCCCUGUCUGUGACAAGAAGGCUCCCUAUGAACAUCUCAUUAUUGAUGGGUUGUUCAUGGAAAUCCUGAAGUAUUGUACAGACUGUGAUGAAAUUCAGUUCAAGGAGGAUGGCUCAUGGGCUCCUAUGAGAUCGAAGAAGGAGGUGCAGGAAGUAACCACAUCUUACAAUGGAGUAGAUGGAUGCAUAAGCUCUUCCUUAGAACAUCAGGUGUCUUCUCACCAGCAAUCAAACAAAAAUAAGAAGGUAGAAGUGAUCGACUUAACCAUUGAUAGCUCGUCAGAUGAAGAGGAGGAGGAACCGUCUGCAAAGAGAAGCUGUCCUUCCAUAUCUCCGGCAUCACCCAUGAAUAAUAAGGGCAUUUUGAAUUUACCCCAUCAAGCAUCUCCUGUGUCAAGAACACCAAGCCUUCCUGCUGUUGACACCAGUUACAUCAACACAUCGCUUAUCCAAGACUACAGGCAUCCAUUCCAUAUGACACCUAUGCCUUAUGACUUGCAAGGUUUAGAUUUCUUCCCUUUCCUGUCAGGAGACAAUCAGCAUUACAACACAUCCCUUCUUGCUGCUGCAGCUGCGGCAGUUUCCGCAUCAGAUGAUCAAGAACUCUUACACUCUCGUUUUUUCCCAUACACUUCAUCUCAGAUGUUUCUCGAUCAGCUAAAUGCAGGAGGAAGCAGUUCUCUGCCAGCCACAAACGGUAGCAAUAGUGGCAGUAACAGCAGUCUUGUUUCCUCCAACAGCCUGCGAGAGAAUCAUGGUCAUCCAGUUGCAAGUAGGAGCGGCGCGGACACGGCGUCUAUCUUUGGUAUCAUAUCAGACAUUAUUUCGUUGGACUGAUUUUUGGAGAAAACGAACUUGUCAGAGGAAGUCUUUGUGCUUGGUUUUACUUUAUGUUAGAAACAUAGACAGGUUUUUUUCCUUUUUUAGGGAAAAAAAUUUACAUGUACAGAGAACAAAACUAUAUUUUCAGUUUUACUUUUGUAUAUAAACCUAAGAUGGCCUCACUGAUAAAAAAAAUAACAAAAUAAAUAAAUAAAUAAAUGCCACAACACAAAGCAGAACACACACACAAAAACCCACAAAAACAAGGAACUUGGAUUUAAUGGAUGCUGAAGAUUCAACACCUGUGCAUUUGUCAUGUGAGUUACUUAUUUCUUUUGCCCUUAGUUUGGACACAAAUGGCAUUAUUUUCUUCACAGUAACAGAAAUGGGAAAAGGAACUGAACUUCUGAAGUUCAAACUUCUGGGUUGUUUUUUUUCUUUUUCUUUUUUUUUUUGCCUCUUGGAGACACCUGUAUUUGGUGGUGGAAUGGAAUUCCCCCAUCCCAUUUUAGUGCAGAUUUUGUUGUGCUCGAUGUGGAAUAAACCCUACCCAGCCUGUUCCGCACCGUUCCCUCUGUUUGCAGUACGUAGCCUUUCAGGAGUGUUUAUUUGUCAUUUCUUGUUCUAUGUGACCCUCUGUUUGGCUGACUUUCUUUUUAAUUCCGUGCUUUAAUCAAGCAUGUUGUGAGCUUGUUAGUGCACCAAUUAUUCUGGAGGGCCAGACUCAAUAAAAUGUCAGGCUGAGAAGUUGUUUGGCUGUGUUAUGUGGGACAAGACCAAAUUCAUAUAGAAUCCAGCCCCAGAGAAAAGCAUCGACACAUCUGACUGUAGGUUUUUGUUUCUAACAACUUACUAUGAAAUCCUUUUAAGAUAACUUAAGAUCCUACUCACAAUAUUCAGCAUGUGUCAGUUUGAAAUGUGUGGAGCUGCUUGUGCUUUAAGAUCAGCCACGCGUGUAGGACUGGCCCACUGGGUUGGGCCUGUCUCCUGGCUUGGAAAACCUCCUUUUAGCUGCAGUAGAUCAAAUUUCUGCUUAAAAGUGAACUUGUCAGCAAAAGGAAGAAAAUACAAAUGCCGACGCUCUAUUGCAUGGUUGGUGCAGCCGAUAAUGGUCUUGGUUUGCUGUCUUCUGAGUUCUCCUUCACCCAAGUUGGUAUUAAAUGUUUAAUGUGAGUCUGUUAAGCCAAAAAAGAAGCCCAGUGCCCUUCCCUGCACUUAAAUGAAUCUCUGCCUAUUGAAGUCUCUCUUAGGGUUGUGGGGUUCCCAUUCAGUUUUCUCUUUAUGGCUUGGUGGUUAUUUUGAUUCCCCGUUCCUUUCAGUUCCCUUCCAUCACACUUGGAGCCACGUUUGCUUCCUGGUUUCGUUUCUUUCUUCACUUUUUCAGCUGUGUGUGACAUAGGAAAACCUUUUUUUAAGAGCUGGUGGAUCAUUUGGGCUGAUCCGUUCUUGUUACAGAGAAACGUGUAAAUAGCUGGAAUGCAGUUUUUCAGGAGAUUCUUUAAAGUGAGAGCAGGGGGAGGGGAGGAGGUGAUUCUGUUGUGUCCCAAAGUCCCAUCAGAGAGAAGUGAUUUCCUCUGGUGUGAAAGCUAUUUUUGUAACUGGUUGGAAGUGCAGGUAACAGGUUUAUCAGGAAAGAGAGUGAGGAAUACAGAGGUUAGCAGAUGCUUGUCUGAGUUUUUAAUGUCCCAAGCUGCUGAUUGCAGCUAUAGUUGCUUUGAGCAUUGACGAGGGCCACCUUUUGCCUAUGAAGUUGUCUCAAAAUAUUGCAUUAAUUACAAAAAGGAAAAAAAAA